AUGGGUACCCAAAAGCACCCAGGUAUGGCUCCUUCGAGGCCAGCAGAGACGCUUGCAUCUAAUGUCAUCAUCGUAGCCAACAAAGGCUUCGCUUUUGUUAUCACCGACACCUCCGGGAAGCCCAAUUCUGAGGACCGGAAGCUGAUCCGCAGCCAUGUUAUGCGAGGCAAGAAUAGGCGAGCUUCUCUUGGGAACACAAAGCCUCCAUCUGUACGGGUCACAGGAAAGGCUUCCGACCCUUCUCGAGAAAGGAGCCAAGUGUAUCACGUGCCGAACGACAUAUACAUGGUUCAGUUUGCCCAAGAGGUCGACGCCGCCUCCCGAGCCAUGCUGUUCGAGUUUUACGGAGCGAUCAAGGAAACCAUGUACCCAGUCGAAUGGUGUCUCAGGUUCGACGAUAGCAAGACCCCAUGGUUCUACUGGCUGUUUUCAGACGCUGCCUUCAUGCACUCCAUCUUGUUCACUGUUUGCUUGUUACACGACUCCAUCCGUGGUGAAACGAGCAAGCGAACCAGCUUCCACGUGUGGAAAGCGCUGAACCUUCUGAACCGGAACAUCUCUGAUGAGAGCCUGGCUCUCGCCGACUCCACCAUUGCAACGGUUGUCUCCAUGUGCAUGGUGUCCGAGGUCUUCGGACACCGUGAUAGUGCCGCCGCGCAUGUCAGAGGCAUGCGCCGCAUUGUCCAACUACGAGGCGGCAUCGAGCGCUUUCGGCAUAACCUACAGUUGCAUGUCAAGAUUUGUCGCGUCGACAUUGGCUGGAGCCUAUGUACUGGGGAGAAACCUUUAUACUACAGGGACAACAUCUCGUGGGAGUCUGCAUUCGCCUCCAUGCUCGGCAAUCCGCCCACCGGGUUUGAACACGACCGACACCUGAGCGACGUUCGCCUGUUUGUGGAUUCGACUGAUCGCCGGAUUGGUAAUGUCUUCCAGGACCUACACGACUUCUCCCGCUUGGCCAACUUCCUCGUCAAAACGGGACGAAAGAUCGACCCCAAUGGUUUUCAGAACCUGAUGAUCUCCAUUCAGUAUCGCCUGCUUCACCUAAAUCCAAUCGAGCAGAGCAGUGUGUCCGAAAUGUUCCGUCUUGGAAUGAUCAGCUUCAUCACCACUCUCUUCCUAAAGGUACAAGGGGCCAAGAUCGAAUUGACCUUUUUGGCUGGUCAGUUUCGCUCCGCAUGCCAGAACCUUGACGUAUCAGAAUUGUCCACCACUACCGUCCGGCUCAUGUUUGCCUGGGCACUCGUCGUUGGCGCAAUAUCCGUAUUCGACGGGUCCGACGAUCUAUGGCUGUUGCCAAAACUCGCAUCCCUGCGCGACUCUCUCGGCCCAACGUGGCCGGAAGCAAAGGCAAGCUUGGAGCAAGUCAUGUGGAUGGACAUGGUCCACAGUCCAACCGGUGUCAAGGUCUUCCAGAAGCUUGUACUGCACGUUGCUCAAAUACCUCUCGAGGGGCCUUUGCUCAAUAGGCGGUCCUCGACCACUGUCGUCAAUUUCAAGACAUACGGCUGA